AUGGCAAUGGAGAAGAUCACGUCGCAGCCACCGUCUCCCCGCCUCUCGGCCUCAGCCUCUUCCUCGCCAGCCACCGUCGGCGCCCUCCUCAACAAUGCCGCCGCUGUCGCCACCUCCGGCGCCGCCCCGCGCGUGUGCCGCUCCCCGCGGUCGCUGCUGUCGCGCUUCCUCGGCAGGGGCAGCGGCGGGUUCGGAUGCCGCAUGCGCCUCCCUCGCUACUGCUCCACGCGCGCCGGUGCGGCCGCCAAGGAGGACGCCGGAGACGAGGUUGUGGUGGCCGCGCCUAAUGUGGUGGCGCGUAAUCCAGCAGAGGCCCGCGAGUCGCCUCGGAGUUCCCAUUCCCAGCAGGGGAAGAACGCGGCAGAGCCGGAGCUGACGGCGGCGAGCCUCGGGCUGGGCGCGGGGCUGGUCCUGCUUCUGUCCAAGGGCGCGGCGGAGCUGAGCAGGAUGGCGGAGCUGCGCGCCCAGAUGGAGCGGCUCGUGAUGGACGCCAGGGCAGCGGAGGCGCGCGGCGGCGGCAGCCGCUCAGUGGACGAUGGCGCCAGCGUCGUCAAGGAGCGCAUCGUCUUCGCCGAUGCCGGCGACGAGGACGCCUCUUCGUCCCACGGUUCGCGUACUGCCGCCGCCUCCGCCGGCGAGAAUGCUGCCUCCGCGAUGGAUCAGAUGGAAGCGGAGCUCGAGGCGGAACUGACGCGCCUGCAGCUCUCAUCUGACUACGAGGGCGAUGAGUGCGCGACGCCGAAGCGAGAUCACCAGCUCGAGUCCGAGCCAAAGAGCGACGUCUCCUCGGAAAGCGGCUCCCCUGCUCGCAUCGACCAAGACGGCGUCGUGAACUACGCAGCAGGAGAAUGCAAGGAAGACGACGCCAUCAACAUCGAGGAAGAGGAGGAGGAAGAAGAGAGCACUCCCUGCCAUUUCGGCGUGCCGGCCCUGGUGCUGGAGCGGAGGCUGCACGAGUUGCUGCAGUUGCGGCAUGAGGAGCGGAUCGCGGAGCUGGAGACCGAGCUGGAGCGCGCGCAGAGGAAGCUGCGGGAGAAGGAACGCGAGGUGUCCCGGUGGCGCGACACCGCCAAGCUCGCCUCCCGCCACAAGGAUGAGUCGCGGCUAAGGUAG